UUUAAGGAAAUUACAAACUGGAGUGGGUAUGUGGAAUAGUUACUGUUGGUUUUAUUUAUAUCUUUCAUGUUAUUCUUACUGCUGAACAGAGCAGCUCGUUUGCAGUUUAAGACACAAAAACGACGAUGACCACAUCAUUACCAAACCAUGUAAUAUUCCCCUUUAAGGAAUGUUUUCAGAAAGUGGAUUACAGCAGGUGGGCGCGGUACAGCAGGCGCCCUGCUCCCCUGCCCACGGCACGUGCUCCUGCUGUCCCACCCAAGAGUGAUGCCUAUAGACACAGGGGCGCCCCCUCUGUGCACCAGCAAAACAACACCAGAGCAGCCCCUGACGAAUCAUUGAGGUCUUUGGUUCAACGCACAGGAAAGAAAGAGAUGGUGAAAGACACCUUUCCAUGGAACGAAAAUGACAAAAUACUUAAGUUGCUCAUCCAGUCAAGAAAGACAGCAGUGGAAGAGCUGGAGAGGCACUGUGCCCAUCUCCUGGCCAUGAACUGUCAGCAGUUCGGGGAGAUCGCUCGUACCGAGAUGUGCUCCUUCAGCUGUGCUCAGGACCGUAUCCUUCAGCACGAGAAACUCAAGAGAUCUAUCGUAGCUUUAAAAGGCUGGAGUCAAAGAGAGGUGAAAAAGGCCAAAGAGGAAUUAGAGGAUGCGGAACGAGAGGCAAAGGAAGCCAUCUGCGAACUUCAGGGGCAGCUUGAAGAGAUGGAGCUGCAGGUGGUGAAAACCCAUGCUGAAGUAAACUCACUGAGGACCUACAAGGACAGGCAGUACCAUGUAAAUGAAUCGAGGAUCGCUCAGCUCAGAAGGGAGGUUGAGCAGGUGAAGGAAUCGAGGAAGGUAACAGAUACCCCCUUACAGCGGCUGUCCAGUGUUACUCUUAGCCUUUCCCAGACCAUGGCAGAACAUGACAAAAUAAUGAAAGAAACUGACCUUCACAAAAAGGUCAUUAGGGAGCUUGAGGAGGCCAGCAGGGAAGUGGAGGAGGAUAUCAAGCAGCUAAAGCAGUCAGGAGCGAGUGUGAGCAAGGACGCCUCACAACGAAGACCCCCCAGGACACACAAAUGUACUCCAGAUAUGGACGUGAACAUAGACAUUCCCAGAGAAGAAUGGCUUCCUAUUUAAUUGGACCACAUCAAGAAGGACUUGCCUUUAUGUCCGUCCAAUUUCAAACACUCCUUAGGCGCCUUUUUACAAACCACAUGGGUCACCUUAAGGUCUUAAUAAAAACAUAAUUUUUAAGGA